AUGACAGCGGGACCCGCCUUGGGGACACCGGGGCCAGGACUGAGCCUGUGGGAUCCCCUCCGAGGGGACGAUCGGAAGCCACCGGGUCCUGCUCUGGGGUCACUCUGCGAUGACAAAGGACCCAAGGAAGGAGGCCGGGGGCUCAAGUCUCACGCCUACAUCCACAGCGUGCAGCUCAGCCACCACGUCUUCCUCAACCUGCACACGCUCAAGUUCUACUGCCUGCCCGACAACUACGAGAUCAUCGACUCCUCGCUGGAGGACAUCACGUACGUGCUGAAACCCACGUUCACCAAGCAGCAGAUCACCAACCUGGACAAGCAGGCCAAGCUGUCACGGGCGUCCGACGGCCCCCAGUACCUGCCGGGCAUCGUGGGGCUCAACAACAUCAAGGCCAACGACUACGCCAACGCCGUGCUCCAGGCCCUCUCCAACGUGCCGCCGCUGAGGAAUUACUUCCUGGAAGAGGACAACUACCGGAGCAUCAAGCGGCCGCCGGGGGACAUCAUGUUCCUGCUGGUGCAGCGCUUCGGGGAGCUCAUGCGCAAGCUCUGGAACCCGCGCAACUUCAAGGCGCACGUGUCGCCCCACGAGAUGCUGCAGGCCGUGGUGCUCUGCAGCAAGAAGAACUUCCAGAUCACCAAG